UUAAAGUGUACGACAUCAUCUAAUUUACUUCCUCAUUUAAAAUGGAGAAGUUCAGGAAUUCUUUUAGAAGAAAAAAGAAGAAAAAUAAGCAGAAAGAUGAUAAUAAUUACGGAAUAGAAACCGCAGGUUGUGUUUCCACUGAAGUUCGAGUUGUUGUGACAGGGGCAGAAGCUCAAUCGAGAGUCAGUGAACUGAAGGCAUGUGCAAAGAAACUAAAGAAUAAAUUAAAGAAAGAUGGAUCGGGGAAAAGGAGUCCUGUCAAUGAUUACAGAGAUGAGUACAGUAGUUUACGUCAACAAAUGGAGCAAGUUAAGCAGUGUUUCCAAUGUCCAGAUGAUGAUGACCAUGGGAGAGUUGAUGAAGAUGCUGGAGGAUUCAAAAGACCGAGAACAAAUUCUCCUACACAUGCUGCAACAGUCCACAAUAACGAACGUGAACCUAUAGCGGAUUAUACAUACAGUGAGAGACGGAAUAAUGAAAGAGUAGACACCUCACGUGUACCAUUUCACCGUUCACACAGUGUUGAUGACAGAAAGACAAGGAAACUAGAUUAUAGAAUGCAAGAAGAAUUAAAAGUACGAGAACAGGCUAAUGAAAAACUCCAACGUGAUAUACAAUAUUAUAAGGAUCAAUUACAGCAAUAUAAAGACGAUCUUAAAAGGAGCCAAAGAGACCUGGAUACAGAAAUGAAAGCAAGAGAAGAGGCACAAAAUAGGUUGAGUGAAAUGAUGGGAAAACAGCUGAAAAAUAACAACCCGGCAAUUACAGACCUAAGUGAUCCAGAUAGACCAUUAAGUCUAGUAGAGAAAUUUUCUAAUGUAUAUGAUAAUGAAUGGACGGACACAAUUGAAGAAAUAGAGCAAGUGACAGGAAAUGAGAGAGAAGCAACAAAAAUACUCCUUACUGUUGUAAGAGAAACAUACUUAGAAUGCUACGAUCUGCGACACAAAGGAAAUUAUGCGCUGGAACUAAAAAACAGAAGUGCUACUGUGCAAAUAAAGGUCAAUGAAAUAGCAGAUGAAUAUAAAAUUCAACUGAAAAAAAUGAAAUCAAAUCAGUUACAGUUUCUAAAAGAGGGCAUUAUCCAGAAAAUCGCCAAGAGCGUUGAUGGUAAAGUACUGUCAUGUAUUUCUCAAUCAAAGAAACAGUACUUGGAGAAAUGCCUAGAGUUGUGUUGGAUCAUGGUUUGUCAUUCUCCGCCUAUUCACCUUGAUUGGGAGUAUAAAGGUCAUUCAUUUGACCUUCAGAUUUUAAGACCAUUCACAGAGUCAGGAGAUGUCGUUGAUUACAUAAUUUGGCCCGUGAUGUUUUUACAUAAAGAUGGUCCGUUGUUAUGCAAGGGAGUAGCACAGGGUCGCAGCAGUAGCAAUGGAAAUAAACAAAGUCGAAGUCGUAGCAAUGAACAUUAUCAGGGCCGAAGUAGUAGCCAAAAAAAUAAUCAGGGACGAAGUAGUAGUAGCCAGCAUACCCAAUUUUAGUACAUUCAAUUUGUUUUAAUAUUUGUAUAUAAACCUGUAGGUACAUUCCAGCUGCAUGGGUUGGUAAACACCAUAUGGCAAAAUACUCGAUUAAAGUAUAAUACUUUA